GCCUCUGCGGAGCUGAGUUCCUCAAAUGUUUUCCUGUGUUUGCCAGGACCAUCCACUACUCUGAGUCAUGUGUAAGUGGGAAGUUGAGCUAAGACAGUGAAGGCUGAACUGAGAGGGAACGAGAGAGGGAACGAGAGAGGGAGCUAGGCGCCCGCCCGCUGCUCCUGCCGUGGCUUGGGCUGCAGAGGCAGGCAAAGAGAAGGGAGAGGAGUCGGGGGAGCCGAGCCAGAGGCACGAAGCGAACGGAGCCGCCUGGGGAACGGAGGGGGGCUCGGAGCCGGUGCGGAGCCCAGAGGGGCGCGGAGCCUUGGAGGGGCGCGGAGCCGGUGAGGAGCGGAGAGGGACGCGGAGCCCGCUGGGGAGCGCUGCGCUCCCCGGGAUGGGGACUGGGAGUGAACCUGAUAUGACGAAUGACCACUGGGAGAAGUGAGACCACCCAGAGGCAGCCCAGUGGCGGCCGCUCCCACUGGAGAAUGGUGUGUUAGAAGAGGAGGAAGCAUGCUGUCUGUCACCCUGGUGCUCUUGGCCACCCUGUUCUUGGCUCUUGGGGACGGGCUGGUCCCGGAAGGCUGUCCCAGACUGGAUGUGCCAGGUGAUAUGCUGACCCAGGUGCUUGGUGCCCCCGUCACUCUGACCUGCCUGGAUGGGGAGUUGGAGAAUAAUGUCACCAUUCACUGGAAACUGGAGGAUAAGUCUAUUGGUCCACAGCUUGGCCAUAGGGAAAUGUUGGGAGGUAAGCUAUUACUGAAGUCGGUGCAGUAUGAUGACUCGGGAAACUACACCUGCUACCUGGACGGCCUCCCAGUGAGGACCCUGCCUCUGCUAGUGGUUGACCCUCCUGAAGAGCCCGUCAUCUCCUGUCGAAGGAAGAGUUUUGUUAGCAGUGUCGAGUGCGAUUGGAGCCUCCAGAGAAAGCCGUCUCUGCAGACUAAGGCCAUCUUGUUAGUGAGACAGGUACAGAAAGAAGAGACGUUCCAGAGGCCGUGUCACUACCUGCAGGGAUUACAGAAGUUCUCUUGCCACUUGAAUCUUGGGGAAGAGGAUGACUCCCUCUAUUUGGUUGUCUUAUGUAUCACCAGCGGGGGUAUGAGGAAGUCCAGCAAAGCCUACCAGUUCAGGGGUUAUGAAGUCCUUCAACCAGAUCCUCCAGCCAAUGUCACAGUCACAGCCGUGAACAAAAGCCCCUAUCGGCUCAAUGUCACCUGGAAAGACCCGCCUUCCUGGAACUCCAUUUACUACCGACUCCAAUUUGAGCUCCGUUACCGGGCUGAAAAAUCCAAGGCUUACACAAUUAUCCAGAGGAAGGACCAACACUCACUGAUUAUCAGUGAUGCCUUGAUGGGCACAAGGCAUGUUGUACAGAUUCGGGCCCGGGAGGAGUUUAAUCAUGGCCAAUGGAGCAAAUGGAGCAAUGAGAUCAUGGGUACCCCAUGGACAGAAACCAAGAGCCCUGCAGCUGAGACAGCAUCAUUCAUCUCUACACAGGUGCCUCCUACUCCAGAAAACCACAUUGAGAGUCAUCCCCCAGAAAACCCUGAAGGCAUCACCAACACUUUGCCAGUGCCUGGAUCUACUCAUUCACCCUACACAUUCCUACUAGCUGGUGGAAGCCUGGUCUUGGGAAUGAUUCUAUUCAUUGGCAUUAUCAGGAGGUACAAAAAAAAGUUGAUGCUGACAGCUUUGAAAGAAGGCAAGCCAAACAUGCUCCCUCCACAAUCCUUGGGUCAGCCAAUUCCUGAGAAGCCCCAAUCUACCACGGUACUGUUUCCCCUCAUCCCGCCAUCAGUGUCUGUCAGUAGCUCUGAGCCUACCAACACCCCAGGGCACAUCAGGAAAGAGAUUGUGGACUCCCAGAGUCCUUACGACAUUACCAACAGAGACUACUUUUUUCCGAGAUAGACCCAAAAAUGCAUGGAGCAUCUGGGCUUCAGGUAGGCCGAACUCUGUGGUGUAUGAAGGAGGACUAAGUGGACUACCAAGAAAGAUGCUUCUCAAUGUCAUUUCAGUCUACCUGCUGACGCACUCGUGCUUUGGACUUCUCCUGUCUUAUUGCUCCACUGGAGAAGCUGGGCUGGGCUGGUCUCCCUCAGAGAAGCAUAAUGCUUUUAGGUCCAAGGAGAGCCUCCUGCAGUAAAGCUGGGAGCAAAUGGACUGACUCCCACCAAGCAGAAGGAAGAGGUUGUGCCACCAUAUUUCAUGCUGCUCUGGGUAACUGGGUUGAUCAGCUACCCCAGAGAAAGAGAGACACACACAAACAUAUAUGGAGGGCCAUGAGCCCAACAGGUGAUGCUCUCCCUAUAGGAUAUAUGGGAGGAUGGGAAUUAGGGUCCAUCUUGUUCUUAAGAACAAUAUGAAUGGAGAGACUGCUGGUGGUCUGGACUCAACCAUCAACAUUUUCUCUCCUUAAGGCAUCUCCCUCUCCUCAUCUGGACAUGAUAAUUUCUAGCAUAUUUGCCAUCCCAAUCCAAUGCCAUCCUUGUCCAAUACACCCUUUUCACUGUCCUAACAACAUUCUCAGAUACUUAGGAUAGUUGUUGAAGAAAUUCAGCUCUUCUAGGCCCAUGACCAUCUUUCAGUCUCUUCCUUGCAGGUUUGUUGUUUGUUUGUUUUCCUCUCAAGAUGUUGCCUUCUUUUCCCAUUCCAGAAUACUGUUGAGAUUGAGUAAAUGGUGCUAUCUCUUACCACCAAAUUGUAAAAUAACACCCCCACCUCAACACACUCACACACACACACACACACACACACACACACACACACACACACACUCCCCCAACCAAAGGCUACUGUAAUUAGUGUUUGAUCAAAACAUUUUAUCAUGUGCCAAUUGCUUCAUCUCUACUUUUACCAUGUGUGUGUGUAUAUAUAUAUAUGUAUAUAUAUAUAUAUAUGUAUACAAACAUACACUGUAUAUAAAACAUGUCUACUAAGUAUCUGAAUGUCUCUCCUUGCAACACCCUCAUUUUACAGAUGAGGAAACUGAGGUGCAGAGACUUGCAUAAAGUCUUAUAACUCUUUGGUUCACAGUGUUCCCCCCUUGCCACCCCCAUACAAGGAAGAGAUGCUAUUUUUCCCCCUAGGAUGUGGUGGUUUCCUUUCCUUCUAGUCCAAUUCCGGCUGGCCUAGCACAUGGUUCCGUUUCAUGUGAACUAUGAAGUCUCAUUUUUACUAUAGAUUUAUGUGCUUUUAUGUUUUGAAUUGAACUCAAGUAAGCAGGGAAGAUGAUAUUUAUGUGAAUAGGGAUGUGAAAAGAAAAGAACAAGCAAGAUUAUACUUUUUAUUUUUUUUUUCUUUGAGAGGAAGAAUGUCCAAUAUUAGAAUAGGGUCCGUGUAUAAAUAACUCAAGCUAAAAGCACAAUAACUUUGUAUAGCUGAGCCAAGUGAAAAAGAGGAAGGAGGAAAAAAAAAAACUAACAUUGUUUUCCUCUUUCCCUUAUGCUCUCCCUCUCCCCAGAGAAAGGAUUCUAGUAUUUUUUGUUUUUGAUGAGUUUGCUUAAAAAGCAUACAAGAACCCCUCCUGUCCUUUGCCCAAGAAUUACCCAUUAGAAUUAGCUCAUUGAGUCUUCAAGUUGAGAGGACCUUAGAGAUCAUCUACAGAUCACUUACAGAUGAAGAAACUGAGGCCCUGUGAUCUACCUAAGAUCAUAAAACUUGUUAGUGGUAGAGCAGAGAUUCAGGCUCAGGUCUCUGAACUUCUAAUUCCAUUCUCUUUUUACUAUUCUAUGCUGCUCCUUCAUCUUUAGAAAGGAUGGAAGAAAUGAGAGUGGCUAAUAUUAUGAAAUAAAUAUAACACAAUUGCUAAGAACAGUCAAUGGAAAAACAUCCCAUCAUUUAGAAUGAUUAGUGUUCUCUGGGGCAAGAGAGGCUCAUAGGAAAAUUCAUUACUUCCGUGCCCCACCUUCUUAACGCUUUUUAAAAAAUUUAUCCCCUCAUCAAGUGUUCCAUAUUCACCAGCUCACCUUCUCUCUUCACCCCCACUUUUCGGGGCUACUCCCUCUCUAAGAAAAGGUAGAUAAGAAAAACAGAAGCAAAAAACCCCCCACAUUAUCAUUUCGCUAUUUGCCUGUAAUACUGUUGCUAUUGGCACUAGGUAAGUGGGCAGGUUGGCAAGAACAUUAGCCUGUAGGACCAGGGGAACUGGGUUUUGUCCUGGCCCUGCCACUAAUUAACUACGUGGUAUUAGCCAAAUCACUUUCAGUCUUCGGCUUCAGUUACCACAUCUGCAAAAUGGGUCUGAUAAUGAGAGAAGUUGGACAAGGCAGUGUUGCUUCCAAGGUCCUUAAGUUCUGUGAUACCCAAGGUUUAUUUGCAAAGCUGGCUUAAACUGUGAACUUCUGAAAGCCUGUUGCUGGCUAGGCAGUGAAUCUCAAUUCACCAGAGCAUCAAGCAAGUUUUUAAGAGUGGUUGGUGGGUUAGGUGUUUUUUUUUUUUUUUUUUUUUAUGUUAUCUGAAGUUUCAUAAAGGUUUCUGGAACCUGAGCACAGCAGAAAUAGUAUUCAGAGGAAACUUCAAAAUAAGCAUCUGCCUCACAAAGGAUUGUUCUGGGCCUUGCAGUUCUUAAAGCGUUUGAAAGGGUUUUUUUUUUUUUUUCCCUCCCUUUUUGCCCACAUACAAGCUUAACAAACCCAAGCUGAGCCAAGUUAGACUGAGAUGUGAAAUUCAGAUAACUCAUUAUCUCUGAGAGCCAGCAAGCUUUGAUCUCAAAAUGAUGGUUACUUUCAGGAUUACUGUAACCCUGAAGGUUUGUUUUUUGUUUCUUUUUUUUUUUUUAAACUAACCAAAGAGCACUCCCCAACCCCCUGCUUCUGUCUUUUGUCUCUCUGUCUCUGUCUCUUUCAGUAAGCUAGGAUAUUAAACGAAGCAGGUCAAUUCAAACCUUCUUUUUUUGAGUCGAUCCCUUCCCUGAAAAAGUGCUACCCCAAAUUGUCUUGAGACGGUGGCAAGUGCCCCCUUUGCUGCAGGAGCUCAGGCAGAGACUGGAUGGCUGCUUGGUGGGGGUUGCGCUAGAGGGUUCUUGCUUCAGAUUGGGAUUUGGCUAGACAGUCUUUGAGGUCCCUUGUAACUCUGCGAAUGUGUGAUUCAAAGUCAUAAGCUAGCACAAAGAUUCUUCUUCAUAUUGACUAUUGACUUUAAUCGGUGGGAGAAAUUUUGACCUGAACCUCAGCUCCAUGUGUUGGCCUUCAUCCAUGAUGAUGGUGCUAGUGACUCAACAUGAGCAGCCACCUGCACUGUUGCUAGACGUGAACAUUUAGAAUAAGAGUGGGGCAGCUAGGUGGUGCAGCGGAUAGAGCACCAGCCCUGGAGUCAGGAGGACCUGAGUUCAAAUCUGGCCUCAGACACUUAACACUUGCUAGCUGUGUGACUCUGGGCAAGUCACUUAACCCCAAUUGCCUCUAAAAAAAAAAAAGAAUAAGAGGCAAUGUGUCAAGAAUAUCAGCUUAUUCUUCUGACUAUGAAGAAUCAGCAAUCCUGGUCAGUACAAUGUUUGUAUUCAAAUUUUUGCGCAGCCUUGAGGCUUAUUGAACUGAAAAACACCAAAGGAUGUGUUUUGAUGAGCCUCAGGUAACCCUCCAAAGCACAGCAACGAAUUGGAGGGUUCGUUUGCCAGGGACAAGUUGUCAGAUGCUUCCUGGAGGAGGUGGGAAAAUGAUGUCUCUGAUGAGGACCAGCACAAGCAGGGCGGGGAAGAGUGAGCCCCUUCUGGAGAAGAGAGUCAUGGCCUGAAACAGGAUCCAAGCAAGCAUAAAGCAAAAGUUCAGGCCAGGUAAACGCCAGCGUUUCUUCGAUGUGCCCGGAUCCAACGAUUUGAGAUGGAAGUAGGGAACCCUAUAGAGGAGCUGAGACUCAGACUUGGAGGGAGUACCAAAUCAGGUGGCACAAGAUAGGGAAUGCUGGGAAAAACUGCUUGAUUCAUCCUGGAUCUGCCAAGCUUUGGACUUUUCUGGUGUCUGUGACUUGUUCCCUAGCCAUGCUCUGCACUAACACAUCUACCAUGCUCCCUAUAGACUCAGUAAGGCUUCAGGUCACCAGUACUCAUACUGGAUUUCAGCCACUUCUGUGCCUGUGGGAAAUGGACAACCGUCAAUAAGCUAAUCCCUAAUUUCCUUUUGCAUACUGGAGAAUUUGGGCCAUCACAGCCAGAGCAUGGAUUGUGCAGAGGAUCACUUGCUAGAUAAUGCCUUCCAAAAGUUAUGGCUGGUGGCAUCUCCCAUCCAUGAUGAGAAGGUCAUGGUUUCAGAAUUCCUCAGUGAGCAUUCUGAAACCUCAUCCUCUUCCUCUUUCGCAUUGAGUCACAGCCUGUACCUGUGUUUCCUGACCCAAAGCCAUGCUUCAGAUGUACACAGCAUCUCGGAGGCUGGAGAUGGUCUGAAGACGUUUUCCUUUGGAGAAAUGGUGAAAACUGAUGAUGGUGAUUUUGAGCAAGAACAUGGCACCCUGGCUUUCUACCCAGGCCAACUACCAAAAUGUAGGGUUUCUGGAAAAUUUGUAGCCAUUUCCGGAGUAGGUGUGUGUGUGUGUGUGUGUGUGUGUGUGUGUGUGUGUGUGUGUCUCGUGGGGGGGGGGUUGGGGAGAGCACUGAGCAGAGCACUCAAAGCAGAUGUCUCUUCUAAUUAGCUAAUGUCAAUCUUUACGUCACAUCCUUGGGGUGGCUGGGGGCCAGCCAUCCAGGGUUUCUAUGGUAACAUUAACAUUAAUUAAGGGGCAUUCUCAGUUUCAUGAAUGUUGGCUCAAGCUAAGAUGCCACUAAAGAAAUGAGCCUGCUCCACAUUGGAGAAUUCUAGCAGGUGGCAAGGCAACUAAUGCUACAGAAUUUACCUGGAUAUAAAUCACUGGCUUGUUUUCACAAGAUACCUCAACUCUAUGUGAUUUUUGACAACAGAAGUGAUAUUUUUCAACUGUCUACCUGAUUUCCUGAAAGCAUUUACCAAAGGUUAAUAUCUGUAUCAAUAGGAUACCUUUUUCAAUGUAUUUUCUAUCUGCUGUUUUUAUUUUCAUUUAAAGAAAAUAUUUUUCAUGUUUGAAAUAAACACAUUUUUAAAACUUAU